AUGCCCCUCCACCAUUUGAUGAUUGGUACCUGGACCCCUCCAGGAGCCAUCUUCACUGUCCAGUUUGACGACGAGAAGCUCACAUGCGAGCUCAUCAAGAGAACAGAGAUUCCUCAAGAUGAGCCGAUAUCAUGGAUGACCUUUGAUCAUGAGAGGAAGAACAUCUACGGCGCUGCCAUGAAGAAAUGGAACAGCUUUGCCGUUAAGAGCCCGACUGAGAUUGCCCACGAGGCGUCGCAUCCCAUUGGUGGUCACCCCCGUGCCAACGACGCCGACACCAACACGCGCGCCAUCUUCCUCCUCGCGGCCAAGCAGCCCCCCUACGCCGUUUACGCCAAUCCCUUCUACAAGUUCGCCGGCUAUGGCAACGUCUUCUCGGUCUCCGCGACCGGCGCGCUCGAGAAGAACAUCCAGAACUACGAAUACCAAGAGAACACGGGCAUCCACGGCAUGGUAUUCGACCCUACCGAGAGCUACCUCUACUCAGCCGACCUGACAGCCAACAAGCUCUGGACGCACCGCAAGCUUCCCUCGGGCGAAGUCGAGCUGGUCGGCUCCGUCGACGCCCCGGACGCCGGCGACCACCCGCGCUGGGUCGCCAUGCACCCCUCGGGCAACUACUUGUAUGCUCUGAUGGAGGCCGGCAACCGCAUCUGCGAGUACGUGAUCGACCCGGCCACGCACAUGCCGGUCUACACGCACCACAGCUUCCCCCUCAUCCCUCCCGGGAUCCCCGACCGCGACCAGGAGACCGGCAAGGGCCUCUACCGCGCCGAUGUGUGCGCGCUCACCUUCAGCGGCAAGUACAUGUUUGCCAGCUCCCGGGCGAACAAGUUCGAGCUGCAGGGGUACAUUGCGGGCUUCAAGCUGCGGGAUUGCGGAAGCAUCGAGAAGCAGCUGUUCCUCAGCCCAACGCCCACGAGCGGUGGGCACAGUAACGCCGUCAGUCCGUGCCCGUGGAGCGACGAGUGGAUGGCCAUCACUGACGAUCAGGAGGGCUGGCUGGAGAUUUAUCGGUGGAAGGACGAGUUUUUGCAUAGAGUUGCAAGGGUAAGGAUCCCGGAGCCUGGGUUUGGGAUGAAUGCUAUCUGGUAUGAUUAG